UUGUUGUUCUCAUUGUUACUAUAAUUAAAAUUAUUCAUGGAGUGCACUUUUUAUUAACUUAGAAUAUAUUGAGGUAAUGAGGCAGAAGAGCAAGAGCAAAAAUGGAGAUGGAAUCAUCCACAUCAUCAACACCAACAACAGCUCUGGUGGUGGUUGGGAUUUCACUGCAGGAGGAAGAGAGCAAAGAACUUCUGUCAUGGGCCAUGAGUGUGGCAGCUUGCCCAGGUGACACCCUUGUUGCCCUCCAUGUACUUGUUGAAAAGCAUGGCAGAGAAUCACAAUUUAUGAAAGCCAGGAUUGAUAAUGCACGGGCUAUGCUGAUCAAGUUGUUGGGAUCCUUCAUGGACCUCUGGCAAGCUAAACAGAUAAAAGUGGAGGCUAAGGUACUGGUCCAUAGCAGUCUCGAAAAGGCUAUAGUGAAUGAAGCAGCAACUUCGGGAGCUUCAUUCCUUGUCCUUGGAGCUUCAACUUAUCAACUGCCCAGCCCUUCCAUCGGGGUGACAAAAAAGUAUUGUCUGGAACAUGCACCAGCUGGAUGUGCAGUAAUAGCUGUCAAGGACAGAAGAGAUGUGCCACUGCAAGAGCUUUUUCCUAGGGUUCCAGAGACAGAUUGUUCCGAGAUACUUACAGAUUGUUCCGAGAUACUUCAAGAAGGAAAUCACUGGUUCAAUUUAAAGUGGCCUGCAAAAGAAGUUGGGAAGACCCUAGGUUCUCUACAGAAGAAACUCCUGUCCAAGAUCCAAUCUCGGGGAGAAGACGAAUUCAGAAACCACGUGACUGAGGGAUAUGAAAGCUUCCAAGAACAAAAAGAAAAGCAUUCCCCAAGAGGAGUUCUGGAAGCACCAUCACAUUGCUUGGAUCAGGAAGAAUCAUUUUCUUCGGAGAGUUCAAUUGGGUCCUCUCCUUUUAGGAAUGAUGGAGAUGACAGGUCAACCUCUGAAGAGAGUCCCCACAACUGCUUCAACUUUUGGACAACUGCUAGCAUGCAAUCUAAUAAGUUUUUGAAACUUUUCUCUUUAUCUUUUGGCCAUUGCACCACACAAUUAACUUCAACUGCCAAGAACCACAAAGAUCCGCAAUCCUUAUUUCCUAGGAACAGGGAAAAUUUUGAGGAAAGGAGAGCAUAUGAAGAGAUGUCGUGGAAGCCAACAUGGAGAUCCUUCACCUAUAAGGAAAUUUCUUAUGCCACCAACAAUUUCAAUUCUGAUAAUUUGGUGGGUAAAGGCGGGUAUGCAGAGGUUUACAAGGGGGUUCUAUCGAAUGGUAAGGCUAUAGCAGUGAAAACAAUGGUGAAUGGAGCCACAGAUGAGCAAAAGGAGAAAGACUUUCUUACUGAAUUGGGUAUCAUUGGACACAUUCACCACCCAAAUACAGCUUCUUUGCUAGGUUGUUGUAUAGAAAAUGGUCUGCAUCUUAUCUUCCACUUCUCUCCUAAUGGCAGCUUGGAUUCUUAUCUACAUGAUACAAAUACUCCAGUGCUGGAGUGGUCAAUAAGGUACAAGGUGGCAGUUGGUAUAGCUAGGGGACUGCAUUAUUUGCACAAAUGUUGCCGAAGGCGAAUCAUUCACAGGGAUAUCAAAGCAGCCAAUAUUCUUCUAGGUAGAGAAUUUGAGCCACAGAUUUCAGACUUUGGAUUGGCAAAAUGGCUCCCAAGACAAUGGACCCACCACUCUGUAACUCCCAUUGAAGGAACUUAUGGAUAUUUGGCACCAGAGUAUUUCAUGCAUGGGAUAGUUGAUGAGAAAACUGACGUGUUUGCUUUUGGAGUGUUGUUGCUGGAAAUUGUCUCUGGUAGGAAGCCUUUUGAUACUUCAGAAGAGAACAUUCUUGUUUGGGCAAAACCAUUGUUAGAGUCCGGAAACAUUAAAGACCUAGCAGAUCCAAGACUUGAAUGUCAAUAUGAUAUUGUUAAGAUGAAGAGAGUGCUUUUCACAGCAUCCCUGUGCAUAAGGCAUUCAGCAAUCUGGAGGCCAUCCAUGAGCGAGGCUCUACAAUUGUUGACAGACGGAGAAAGCCUUCUUAGAGAAGACUGUUGGAGAAUACCUUCAUCAAAGGACGAUGCCUUUGAUGACUACUGGGAUGAACUGCACAACUUGAGACGUACUGCCAAAAGAUAAAUGAAAAGAUGCAGAAUGGGAUUUAGUUCCAACCUAAUGUAAUGCUUCAGCAAAAACUUAUCUCAGAAAUUUAGUAAAACCAGUUUUAAGUUGGAGACUUCUAAACUUUACUUGGCUAAACUGGAUCGAUGGUGUAAAAUUAGUGCACCAACCUAUUUGUUUGUAAAUUUUAUAGUUACAAUCUGUGCAGACAGAUAACUCCCAUUCAAUAAUUAUCCUAAAUGUAAUCAGAGUAUGUCCUCAAUUCAAAAUAUUUAUAACUUUCUGA